AUGGCCGCCAUGUUGCGGCAGCCUUAUCCGCGGCUUCGUCCGUUGAGCCUGGCGCUCUUAGUGCUUAUUCCAGAGUUAUUCGAUCUCUGGUGGCACCCCCUUCCUGGGCAGAAGCCAGAGCGCGCCGCUCUCGUGCGCGGCGUGGACCUCAUCGCGCAGCUGAUCUCCGCGGCGAAGGUGGUUAGUUCCAUGUGGGUUGAUCUCUCCGCCGAGCAUCUGGCCGCAUUCAUGCGUGCGAUGGCUGGCCCGGGAGUUGCCGCGGAGCUGGUCAUUCGUUUUCUGCGGCGCCAGUUGCUGACCUCGCAGAUGUGCGUGGGCCGCGAGGGCCUCUGCGCCUCCCUAUGCGCCAAGAUCAUGGAGUGCCGCAGUCCGCUCGCCUCGCGACGCGCUCCGGGGGAUCCAGACCACGCGAUGAUGCCCGAGCAGAAGGCCGGGCGCUUCGGCGGCCGUCCGCAGGCGAUCUCCACGGCCACUUCGGCGGCGCUCGGCGCCUCCCGCUGGCGGCGGGGCCGGCCCCUGACGGAAUCAGCGUCGAUGAUCUACGUCGCGGAGGUCCGCGUGAAUGGGGGGGUCGGGGACGCCGACGGGAGUGCGACUAAGCAGCUGAUCGCCCGCGCGUGCUCCGCGUCAGGUCUGGGCGUUCAGCCGGCGGAUCCAGAGCUGGUUCCCACCGUCGUGGAGCUCCGCGAUGCCUUGCGCCAGCGUGUCGCUCGUCGCAUCUUGCCUGAAGACUGGGUGCCCGCAUUCCUUGGCGGCGACUUCAACUGCAACUGCGUGGCCGCGCCCGAGGGCCGUCGGCGCGCCGACCCCGGGGUUCAAUGCAAUCAGAGCGUCGUGGAGGAUUUCGACCAUAACUUGGCGGGCGCGGCGUUGGCAUGGGCGCCAGGUUCACCCAGGAGAGCUGCGCGGACCGCUGCCCGCAAUUUGCCCCGCUCGGCCUUCCCUGGCGGGGAUGCCGCUGCAUUGGAGGGUCGCGUUGGCAUCGCCAUGCGGUUUCUUCGUUCCCCGGGGGCUGGCUCGGCGACUGGCGUGCGUCAGUGCAUUCUCCGACGCGAGGACCUUGUGGGCAACCAUUGCGACUUUGACGCGCCGGUCGGCCGGCGUCUCCGUCUCGUCCGCGCGCGCAUUGCAGAGCUUGCUCGCGACCGCGCUGUUUCUGAAUUGCGGCAGUUACACGAGGACAUGAGAGGCUUAUCGGAGGAGCAGGCGAGGCUUGCGGAGGAGGCUCUUCGCGCGGCCCCUGAGCAGCGCCGACGCGUUCCAGGCCGCAUUGUCCCGUUCGAGACCUUCGUGAAGGCCAUCGUCAACAGGAGCGAUUGUUCGCCGGGGCCAGACGGCAUGCUCUUCAAAACGCGGCGAAAGCUCGGCCGGUUUGCCGCGGAGGCCCUCUACGACGCGUUCCGUGCCCUUGUUUGCACUGGCGGGGUGGGUCUGCUGGGGCGGACCGGGGUCUUUUCGCGAGACCCUGAUGAUGCCCCCCCCAAGAAGCCGUCUGGUUCCACCCCGGACGGUCUGAGCAUCUUCGCUGCGAGCAACAUGACGAUCUUGAGCAUCGCCAGCGCCGACGACAGGAUCGCGCGCGACGCGGUGCGGAUGCGCGUCGAGCCAGAUGUGGCCCCGGGGGGGUUCCUGAUGGGGGUGAUCUCCGCGCGCGGCUGGCCCGCGUGGCGCGCGUGUUUCUUCCAGGCGCUUCGUUGGAACAACCAGUGCAAUGUCGUGAUAUCCAGAGCGAAGGUGCUGCUCACCAAGCCUAAAGACGAGUUCAGGCUUGUCCUCGACUACGGCUCCGUGCACUUUGAGUACCCGGUCACGCUGCUGAUGCCCGCCACGUGCGAGACGUUGCGCUGCCCCGCCGGCGAGGCGCUGAAGCCAGGCAUCGGGCAGGCGAUCGCGAAGGAGCGUCUGUGCCUGGACGAGGAGUGCUCCGAGCAGGACUGGCCGCGCUGCUGCCAGGCCGUCGCCACCUGCGCCGAGUUCGGGCCGGCGGCGUGCCCCGCGGGCACGGCGCUGCGGCGCGGCUCGGAGGCCCGGGAAUGCCACGGCGCCGUGUGCAGCGCUGCCGACACGGGCACUUGCUGUGCGCCGCGCGCCAACUGCACCGCGCUCGCCGGCGCGUGCCCCGCUGGCUCCAGCCUGAGGAGUGACGCCGCGCAGACCGAGUGUGCGGGCGAGCUGUGCACCGCCUCGGACUGGGGCGUCUGCUGCGAGGAGAGCGCCAGGUGCAGCAGCUUCGGCCACAAGUGCCAGGCUGGUACCACGCUGCGCCUCGAUGCCGACAGCGUCCACUGCGAGGCCCGCGCGUGCGCGCCCGCCGACGGCGCCACCUGCUGCCUGCCGCGGGCCCGCUGCAGCGCGCUCGCGGGCUGGCCCGCGUGCCCGGCGGGGAAGGCCCUUAGGCAUGACGCAGCGCAAGCCAGGUGCGCCGGGGAGAACUGCACGGAGUCCGACUUGGACGUGUGCUGCAAGGCCCGCGCCACCUGCGCCUCGGCGCGCUGCGGCCCGGGCUUCGCGCCGCGCGGCGGCGCGGCGCAGGCGCGGUGCCGGAGCGACGUCUGCGAGGAGGCCGACGGGUGCUGCGCCGCCGAGCGCGCGGCGGAGGGCGGCGGCGUGGGCCCGGAGCGCCAGGCGCAGGACGUCGAAGCAAGCGAGCACGGCUGCCGACCCCGCGCAGG